AUGGAGGGUAAUUACUCCAAAAACAAGUUCUUUUUAGUGUUUGCUUUGUUGAACAUGGCUGCCACAUUGGUGAAAGGUCAAGGCACCCGUGUUGGGUUCUAUUCAACCUCAUGUCCUUUAGUUGAAUCCAUUGUUAGUUCCACGGUUCAGUCCCAUUUACAGUCUGAUCCUUCACUUGGUCCAGCCAUACUAAGGAUGCACUUCCAUGACUGCUUCGUCCACGGCUGCGAUGCUUCGAUCCUCAUCAAUGGCCCCGACACGGAGAAAACUGCUCCCCCGAACCUUGGAGUGAGAGGAUAUGAAGUUAUUGAUGAUGCCAAAGCACAAGUUGAAGCUACUUGUCCAGGAGUUGUCUCGUGCGCUGAUAUCCUCGCCCUUGCUGCCCGUGAUGCUGUUUUUCUGGCAAAAGGACAGAAGUGGGAUGUGCCUACGGGACGAAGAGAUGGAAAGGUUUCCCUAGCUUCUGAUGCUGACAAUUUGCCUGCCUUCACGGACUCCAUCGAAGAACUCAAGCGAAAGUUCGCUGCAUUUGGUCUAAACGCUCGUGAUCUUGUCACCCUUGUUAGUAAGUGGUAACCAUUAUUUCGAUUUCCGUAUAUACCAGGGACCAGGGACUGCGCUAAGGGUCCGCAGGGACUUUACCCUUCAAAUGGUAAAUUUUCUUUAUAGUCCCUCUAAAUUUAAAAUUAUAUUAAUUUAAUAAUAAAAUUGCACUUUAGCCCUCUCCAAA